AUGAAUUCAAUACCAGCCCCUUCAAAAACAAAACUUAAAGCCUUGUGUGCUACCCGGUGGUUUGAACGACAUGAUUCUAUUCUAACUUUUCGAGAACUUUAUUCAUAUAUUAUUUUAACUUUAGAAGAACUGGAAAAGAUGCCUGACUCUGAGACUGCAUGUAAAUCAAUUGGUUUCAGUGCAACGACCGGAGAGAGUUUAAGAUCUCUUGCAUUUCAAUUUAGGAUAUCACACAGCUGGAUAAGUGUAAGAGUAAGGGAAGUUCUUGCUGCUAUUUGCCAGCGGUUAAAAAAUAUUGCAAUGCCUGAACCAACAGAGGAUAUGUUAAAAAAAGUAUCUGAUGAAUUCUACCAAAUGUGGAAUUUCCCAAAUUGCUACGGAGCCAUUGAUGCGAAGCAUAUUAGAGUCGUUUGUCCUGACAAUUCUGGAUCCUUGUACUUUAACUAUAAAUCAUUUUUUUCAAUUGUUCUACUGGCUGUAGUUGACGCGAACAAUAAGUUCAUAGUAGUAGACAUAGGUUCAUAUGGGAAAGAGGGUGAUGCUGGAAUUUUCCCGAAAUCCAAUUUGGGAAAAUUGAUUUCUACUGGACAAUUUAAAUUUCCUGAACCAAGGUGUUUGCCAAACACAGAUAUAGUUUUKCCACAUGUAUUUGUUGGCGAUGAAGCAUUUAAAUUGACAAAUACAAUGAUGAGACCCUAUCCUCGAGAUCAGUCGAAAGCAGAUGUUACAAAAGCCAUUUUUAAUUAUCGGCUAAGUCGAGCUAGACGGACGACAGAAAAUACGUUCGGAAUUAUGUGUCAAUACUGUCGUGUGUUUUUUACACCAAUAAAAAUUCUUCCUGAAACGGUCGAUAAUUUAAUAAUGAUAGGCUGUAUUGUUUAUUAUUUAUUGAGAGAUGAAAGUAUUGAGUGUUCUACAAAUUCAACAGAAAAAGAACCGAUGUACCAGAGAGAAAAUGGAAGUAAUAAUAUGAUAUGGUUCAAUCUGAUAGGAGGAAAUGCAACGCACGAAGCAUUUCCAAAUUCGUGA